CACUAGUAGUGCACUGUUUGUUUUUGUUUCUGUAUUGCUCAUUGGCAUUGUUGUCCAAAUGAAACGAAACACCUCUGGUUUGCUUGAGGAGCAUCUCUUGCAACGUUAGUCUUGCUGUCGACGUUGUCGAGCAGCAUGUUGCGAAGCUCAGAGCCUUCAUCGAAAGCUGAGUGAAUCGAAUAGUAAAUUGUAUGGUCUAUUAUUGAUUAUCGCGUUGAUAAUUUUCAUUGUGGAAUAAACAUGAAGACUGUGCUAAUGGUGGCGGAGAAGCCGUCGCUGGCUACUUCCUUGGCUAAAAUUCUCUCCCAUGGCCAGAGUACGUCGCGCAAGAGCAGCUGUCGGGCCUGCCAGGUUCAUGAGUAUACUGGCAAAUUUCAUGGCGAGCCUGUCUACUUCAAGAUGACGUCGGUGUGCGGUCACGUGCUCUCGCUGGACUUCGAGGCGCGGUUCAACAACUGGGACAAGGUGGAUCCGGUGGAGCUGUUCUCCGCGCCGACGGAGAAGAAAGAGGCCAGUCCCGACCUGAACAUGGAACGGUUUCUGGCGCAGGAGGCGCGCGGCGUCGACUACCUGGUUCUCUGGCUCGACUGCGACAAGGAAGGCGAGAACAUCUGCUUCGAGGUGAUCAACGCCGUGAAGCGGUCGAUGAACGGCGGCGGGCGCAUGUCGUCCGUGUACCGUGCGCGCUUCUCGGCGAUCACAGACACGGAGAUCCGCCAGGCCAUGCAGAACCUGGCGCGGCCGAACGAGAACGAGGCGCGCGCCGUGGACGCGCGCCAGGAGCUGGACCUGCGUAUCGGCUGCGCGUUCACGCGCUACCAGACGCGCUUCUUCCAGGGCAAGUACGGAGACCUGGACAGCACUCUGAUCUCAUUCGGGCCGUGCCAGACGCCCACGCUGGCGUUCUGCGUGGAGCGGCACGACAGCAUUCAGACGUUCAAGCCGGAGGCGUUCUGGCGCCUGGACGUGCGCGUGCAGUGCGGCGAGCAUCGCGUGCUCUCGCUCGACUGGGAGCGAGGCCGCAUGUUUGACCGCGAGGCGGUGCAGAUGUUUGCGGGCGUGGUGCGUGCCGAGAGUUCCGCCACCGUGCUCAGCGUGCAGCGGCGCGAGAAGGUCAAACAACGGCCGGUGGCGCUCAACACCGUUGAGAUGCUGCGCGUGGCCAGUGCAGGUUUGGGCAUUGGUCCAUCCACGACAAUGAUGGUGGCUGAGCGUCUCUACACGCAGGGCUACAUCAGCUACCCGCGAACAGAGACCACAUCGUACUCGAGCACAUUUGACUUGAAGGCAGCUAUUCGACCACUGGAGCGGGUACGCGGCAUGGGCGAAGCGGUGCGCGAUCUCCUGUCGAGCGGCGGAGGUCACGCGCGCGGUGGACACGACGUGGGCGACCAUCCGCCCAUCACGCCACUGCGUGCGGCCGGCGAGGAGGAACUGGGCGGCGACGCAUGGAGACUCUACCAGUACGUGGUCGCCCACUUCCUGGCGUCGGUCAGCGCGGACUGUCGCUAUGCCGCCACCACGCUCGAGCUGCGCAUCGCCGGCGAGCUGUUUAGCAUGACGGGCAAGAAGGUGAUCAAGCCGGGCUUCACGGCACUGCUGCCCAGCCACGCUAUCCGCGACGACGAGACCGUGCCGGAUCUGGCCAGCGGUGCGCAGCUCCCCGUCAAGGAUGUGCGCGUGGCAGACGGACAGACGAGCCCGCCGGAUUACCUCACCGAGUCGGAGCUCAUCUCGCUCAUGGAGCAGCACGGUAUCGGCACCGACGCCAGCAUCCCCGUGCACAUCAACAACAUCUGCCAGCGUAACUACGUGACCGUGACGGCCGGCCGACGCCUGCAGCCUACGCCGCUCGGCAUCGUACUGGUGCAUGGCUACCAGAAGAUCGACCGCGACCUGGUGCAGGCCAACAUGAGAGGCGCCAUCGAGAAGCAGCUCAACCUGAUCGCCGCCGGCCAGGCCGACUUUGACGCCGUACUGGAGCACACGCUGGCCACGUUCCGCGCCAAGUUCCAGUACUUUGUGGCACAGAUCGCCGGCAUGGAUCAGCUGUUCGAGGUGACGUUCUCCAAACUGGCCGAGAGCGGGCGCCCGCUGUCGCGCUGCGGCAAGUGCAUGCGCUACAUGAAGUACAUCUCUGCCAAGCCGCAGCGCUUGUACUGCGCACAGUGCGACGAGACGCACGCCCUGCCGCCCAACGGCUCCAUCAAGCUGAACAAGGAGAUCAAGUGCCCGCUGGACAACUUUGAGCUGGUGCUGUGGUCGGCCGGCGGCCGUGGCAAGACCUACUCGCUGUGCCCUUACUGCUACAGUCAUCCGCCGUUCCCGGGCAUGAAGCGCGCCUCGUCCUGCAUCCAGUGCUACCACCCCACGUGCGCGCUCGCGCUGCCCAAGCUGGCGGUGGCGGCGUGCGACGAGUGCGAGGACGGCUCGCUCGUCAUCGACCCCAACUCCGGGCCCAAGUGGAAGAUGUUCUGCAACACGGUGGCGUGCAACGUGCUGCUGCACCUGUGCGCCGACGCCUUCUCCGUUACCGUGUGCGAGGACGCGCUGUGCGAGGUGUGCGACGCCAAGCUCCUCUCCGUCCAGUUCCACAAGGACAAGACGCCGCUGGGCGACGGCGAGACCAAGCGCGUGGCCUGCAUGUUCUGCGACGCGCUGCUCUCCUCGCUCGUCCGCUGGGAGCACGCCGUCGCCAAGCACCCCAUGCACAGGAGAGGCGGCGGCGGAAAACGCCGCGGCGGUGGCGGACACAAGCGCCGCUCCAACAAGCCCAAGGACAAGAUGGCUGCGCUGGAGGCGUACUUCGUUUGACGGCUCGAGUCACCGGUGCUCGCGUGCGCAAUACUCACCAUCGAAGGUGAUCCUCGCCGUCCUAUGCAGCACUCUUUAUCCGCUAACAAAACUGUUGAGUUCUGUUGUGUUUUAUCCAUGAUCCAUGCAUACAUUCAUCUGAGCUUCCAUCUCCUGUACAAAGGCGGCGAACAUACCGUGUUUUAUCUGCUACUAUGAUGUAGCCGUGGCUUAUUUUUGUUCGAUAUUCUCUCGUGUGCCUUCCACCCCCAAACUGCUCUCUGCUCCCCGGGCCUUGUUGUUUCAUUCUCUCUAAUUUGCUCUGGUCUGUCUGUCUGUCGGAUGUAACAAGGCAAUGUUGUCAUGGAGAGCAGCUGGUCUGCUUCAAGGAUAUCAUCAGUUAAAAGUAUCACAUUGGGAAAAAAAGGUGAUCUCUUGAUCACUUUCAAUUCCUUUUUCUUCCGUCAUCUUAUCUUUCGCAGUUUGUUACAUUGAAACCUGUGCAGGCGCAGUAUUACGUUUACAUCUUCCUCUUUACAAGACCCUGUUGGUCCGUUUGUGCUGGUUUUCUUUUCUUUCCCCUAUCUCCACCCAAUGCUGAUGGAUACGUACAUUCAGACGUUGUGUUCUUCA